UCGGCGACCGCAAGGCGAUAAGCCGCUUCAAUAAAAACUAGGGGAUUUGGGGUCGAACUCUUUGACUGUAGUUGAGGGGAAGAUAGCAGAGAAUCACAGUGGGCCGAAGAACGGAAAACGCAAUCAAGAGUCCUCGGAAAUUGAGUGUGGUAACGGAACCUUAGGAGGCUGGGUUGGAAAUCAAGUAGGAAGGAAGAAUAGAAUACCCCUCUUGAGACAUGUGACUACAAGCUGGGGCUGCUGCGGUGCAGGUUGUAGGACAAGACGUGAAAGUUGCUUUUCCCACUAAAAUACAUCAAGUAUAUGCCCAACCUUCAUGAAAGCCAAUAGAGAACCAAAGCGCCUUUUUGUGGGUGGCCUUAGUGAGACGGUUUCAGAGACAGACCUACAAAAUCAGUUCAGCAGAUUUGGAGAAGUUUCUGAUGUGGAGAUCAUCACACGGAAAGAUGACCAAGGAAACCCACAGAAAAUUUUUGCAUAUAUCAACAUCAAAGUAGCAGAAGCAGACCUGAAAAAAUGUAUGUCUGUUUUAAAUAAAACAAAAUGGAAAGGUGGAACACUGCAAAUUCAGCUAGCAAAAGAAAGCUUUUUGCACAGAUUGGCCCAAGAAAGAGAAGAAGCAAAAGCAAAAAAAGAAAAAUUAACAAGCAGCACCAACUUGUUAGAAAAAAUGGGAGGGGCAAAUUUCCAUAUGAAAGCUGUGCCAGGAACAGAAGUGCCAGGGCACAAGAAUUGGGUUGUGAGUAAAUUUGGAAGAGUCUUACCUGUUCUUCACCUUAAGAAUCAACAUAAACGUAAAAUUGUAAAAUAUGAUCCAUCAAAAUAUUGCCACAACCUUAAGAAGAUAGGGGAGGAUUUCACAAAUACCAUUCCUAUAUCCAGCCUCAACAACCAGAAGCGUUUGGCAGCCUUGGAGGCAAGGCAGAAAGCAAAAGAAGUGCAAAAGAAGCUGGUGCAUAAUGCUCUAGCAAAUUUGGAUGGUCAUCCAGAAGACAAGCCAACACACAUCAUCUUUGGUUCCGACAGUGAAAAUGAAACAGAAGAGAUACCCACUAAGGAGCAGAGCCAUGACAGCAGUGAAAAUGAAGAAUCUGAUUCGGAAGAUGACAGUAACAGGUUCAAAAUUAAACCUCAGUUUGAGGGGAGAGCUGGACAGAAGCUCAUGGAUUUACAAUCACACUUUGGCACUGAUGAAAGAUUUCGUAUGGACUCUCGAUUUCUAGAAAGUGACAGUGAAGAAGAACAGGAAGAGGUAAAUGAAAAGAAAACUGCUGAAGAAGAGGAGCUUGCUGAAGAAAAGAAGAAAGCCCUGAAUGUUAUACAAAGUGUCUUGCACAUGAACUUAAGCAGUUCUACAAGCAAAGGAUCAGUACCUGCUAAGAAAUUUAAGGACAUUAUACGUUAUGAUCCAACAAGACAUGACCAUGCUACUUAUGAAAGAAAAAGAGAUGAUCAAACAAAAGAAAGUAAAGCAAAACGAAAGAAGAAAAGGGAGGAAGCUGAAAAAGUACCUGAAGUGUCUAAAGAAAUAUAUUAUAACAUUGCUACGGAUUUGAAAGAAAUAUUCCAAGCUGCAAAAGAUACCAGCGAAAAAGAAGACACUCCAGGGAAUGAGGACUGUGUUGGAGAGAAAUCUGAGGAAAUCAAGGACUCUGCAACUCUGACGAGUGGAGCUGAGCAGCCUGGUAGCUUCACAUUCUCCUUUUUUGGUUCAGACACUAAAGACAUGAAAGAAGAGAUCUAUAGAGUUGAAACCAUGAAACCUGGGAAGAUUACCUGGCAGGAAGACCCUCGUUUCCAAGAUAGCAGUUCAGAAGAGGAGGAUAUUACUGAAGAAACAGAUCACAGAAAGCCUAGCCCUGAAGAAGAAUCAUUACCUGAGAAAGAGACCACUAGAUUUUUCUUUUUCUCUGAGAAUGAUGAAAGACUUCAUGGCUCUGAUUUAUUCUGGAGAGGAGUGGGAAGUAAUAUUAGCAAGAGUUCCUGGGAGGCCAGAACAAACAACUUGCGUAUGGAUUGUCGGAAGAAACAUAAAGAUGCAAAAAGGAAAAUGAAACCAAAGUAAUAAAUGUCAGCAUUGGCGUUGAUCCUGAAUGUGAACGAGGCUUACCUAUGGAAAUUGACCAAGAAAAUAAUUUUAGCUGACAAGAAGACAUUUCUGGGUGAUGGAAUAUUCAAAAGCUGGGUGAUGGAAUCCUGAUGACCAUCUUUUUCUAUGGAAUUCCUCUGUAUUUCUUCCUAAGUAAUUCAAAAACUUAAACUGAACUUUUUAAAAAUGAAGCACAGAUAGU